UGUAUUCGGCAGCGAUUGAGAAUAUUUUUUCACAUAAAGGAUCUGAUAUUUCUUAGUAAACACUAUACGGGAUAACAUAAAGAACAAUAUGGUUAUAAUUGGGCCUGUAAAUUUGCUUGAAGUUGGCUUAUCCUAUACAGGCGGAAACGUAAAAUUAAAGAUUGGUGAGAAAAUUAUUGGAACUGGGACAUUAAGCAUCAGUCAAAGUUCACUCGCAUGGCAGCCAGAUCAUUUAGAAGACGGUAUAUCAUUUCUUUGGAAACAAAUCAGUGUCCAUGGCAUUUCAUCUGCCACACCGGCAAAAUGCAUUUAUUUCAUGUUGGAUCAUCAAUUAACAUGGCCUGGUGUUUAUGAAGUAACAGCUGCCUCGCCGUAUAUAAAUAUACAAAAUGGUGUCGAAGAUGAAGGUAAUGCCACCGAUGAAGAGGAAAAUGACGAUGAAAUUUUUCAAGAUGCUGAAGAGGAACAAAUAACGGAAUGUUGGUUAAUACCAGAGGACGUUAACACGGUAGAUACCAUCUUUCAGGCAAUGACUGAAUGCCAAGCAUUACAUCCAGAUUCAGCUGAUAGUGUUUCUGAAGAAAGCGAUUAUAUGGAUGAUGAAGGUCUCGUUGAGGCCGAAGAGCUGGUUUUCGGCGAAGUACCCGAAAUCGGUGCUGGUGGUGAAUCUGACACAAUCGAAGCUCAAGGUGGUAUUAAGAAUCUCAAUUUAAAUGAUGAUCAACGCUUCGCCGAUGCUGACGAGUGAGAAGACGUAUGAAGGUUUUGAAAAAAGAAGAUAGAGGGUAAAAGACCACAACAAAAAGUGUAUUACUUUUAAAACCAAUUUUUGCAUUUGAUGUCUAUCUAAAUGACUACAAUUCCACAAAUAAUUUUUAAUAUAUAUAUGGCCCUAUAUAUAUAUAUAUAUAUAUAUAUGUAUAUGUAUAUAUAUAUACAUUAUAUUAUUAAUUCUAUACAUGAAAAUGAAAAUGAAUAAUUUUAUUCUAGUUAAGUCGAUGAGGC